AUGCGCACACUCGAUCCGGCGGGUGCAAUUGCGCCUGCGCGUCACGCACCGCCGUCUGAGCAGGCUGCUGGAGGCAUUGCCGCGUUGACGUCGGCCGGCCCACCAGAGCUCGCCAACCUGCUGCCCUACUACCACGCCCCCACCCAUAACGAGACCACGACGCCCCUUGACCGCGACGACCCUUACCACACCAUCCGACAGCUACGCCAGCAACAGGCCGCCGACGACUACCGCGCCGUCCACAGCCACUCGCGCGUCUCCAGCUCGUCUGGCAGCCAAGCACACAGCCUGCGCCGCACCCCCAACCUCGACCAGCACCAGCGCGCCCGCUCCGUCGACCCCGCCCAGCACCACCAUCGCCUCGUGCGCUUCUCCGACGCCGCUCGACGCGCCGCUCGUCCACGUGCCCAGUCGCAGUCACGCGACCCGUCUGCCCUCGAGCCGCACCCUGCUCUGCGCAUCUCGCGGCGCACCGCCUCGGCCAUUCGCUUCGUGCUCGAGGAGGCCAUCCGCGCCCCGUACGCCUUCACCCCGGACACGGUCGAAGAGAACGCAGCCAUGUCCGACCUCAUGGCCAGCCGCCCUGCCAAUGGCGGCGCGCGCACGACGGCCGGACCCACGCCCGUCACGCAGGCCGACCGCUCGAACAUACGGACGCCUCAGAUGAUCAUGAACGAGCGACGACAGCGAGAGGCAGCACGGCGGCAGCAGACUGAGGCAGAGGAGCAGCGCAAGGCCGACGAAGAGCGCAGGAGAAGCGUCGAAAGAAGAGCACAAGCUGUUGCUGGCGUAGCUGGCACAACCCCCCUUACCGAGCCUGGGCAACAAAGGCAGCCCCAGCACGCUCCCUCGCGAUCAGCCGAUCAACACGUGAGAUAUCCCUCGACAGGCGCGCCCCGUCCCCCAGACGGCAUGCUCCCGCCAUCAACCCGCGCACAGGACGCCAUGCCAGGCGCACUACAGCAACCUCGCUCUAGAGCCAAUUCGCAAGCACAGCAACAGCCUCGACCCGCGCCAACUGCGGCUGCACCUGCCUCUACUGGCGAAAGACGGCGAACUUCUGGGGAGGCUGGACACCAAAGACGCCCGACUGGCUCUGCAGGCUCGGCGCAAGCUGGUCCCUCGACAGCAGCACCGCCACGUCCAGUGCCUCCACCAGACGCCUCCCAGACUCAGCUUCGUGACUCGACAACAUCCACUUUCCCUCAUGCAUUCGAACGUUGGGAGACCCUCUCCUCGCAUUGGGAAGGUCUGACAUCGUACUGGAUACGAAGGCUGGAGCAGAACACCGACGAAGUGCGCCGAGAGCCGCUGGCACAACAAAUGUCACGGCAAAUCACAGACCUGUCCGCAGCAGGAGCGAAUUUGUUCCACGCCGUUGUCGAGCUCCAGCGCCUUCGCGCAUCGUCAGAACGCAAGUUCCAAAGAUGGUUCUAUGAGCACCGUCAAGACCAAGAGAAGGCUCAAGAGCGCGAAGCUUCUUUCGAAGCAAGACUACAAGUCGAACGCGAUGCAAGAGCUGCUGCGGAAGCCAACAUGGAGCGUAUGGCUACCGAGAAGAAGAACGCCGAGCGCGCAGUCUCUGAGAUGAAGCGUGAGCUACAGAUCUCAAAGGAGGAGGCCCGUCGAGCUUGGGAAGAACUUGGUCGAAGGGAGCAAGAAGAACGCGACCGUACCUUCUCCCUGCGUGACGGCCAGCCCACGUUAGUAGGUGGAGUGCAGGUGGUGCCCAUGGGCCAAGGCAUGGGCGGCCCUGGGAGAUCAAGUGGAGGUGACGCAUACGCGGGUGCACAGAGCAGCGGUGGCAUCGAGCAGCAUUACUCUUACGAAGAGGGUCAAUCUCCCACCGAUACCGAUCCGUUCACCGAACGACGCCACCCUCAGCGUGAGCAGAACAUCGCCAACCUCGCCCAAGGCGCAUACAUCCCGGCAGGUGCCACGUCAGCCCAAUCAUUAACCUCGAGCCAGGCCACGGCUCACCCCAUCGCACCUGGUCCGCUCGUGCAGUAUCCCAUGCCUGGCUCGCAAGGCCAGCAAGCCCCCGUGCAGCCAUCGAGCUCUCACCCCGAAGUCUUCUACCAGCAGCCCGAAGCUUAUCUCCAUGAAGGCCGCCAGUCCAUGGCCGAGGACACCCAAUCCUACGUAACCAGCAACCCCGACGACUCGGUCCUCUCAGAAGGCGACGAAGAAUACGCCAUCGAUAGCCGCGGCAACUACAUCCUUGACGACGCCGGACAUCGCAUACCCUUUCGCUCCCUGCAGUCGCCACUGAGCGACGAAUACGACGUCAGUGAGGACCGCCGAAGGGAGCUCGAGCAUCUCCAGCGAUACGGCUCGGCUGCCAAUCCGCCGAGCCAGUAUGCAACCACCAGCGCCGAAAUGGACAGCCCGCACGGUCAGGGCUACGCGACGGCGCAGCCGAUGCCCGACUAUAGCGGUGACGGGUACGGCGAUGAGUGGAUCGGCAUGCGACACCACCACCCCACGCGCCUGAGCGACGUGCCCGAGGAAGACGAGCGCAGCCGGGCGAGUCCCACGAGCCGGGCCAGCGUGACGAGUCGCGGACGGCUGUUCUGA